CCAGCACUCAGCAAUAAUUACAAACACCGAAGAGUUGAGUGCUCCAAUAAUACCAUGGAAGCUCAAGCAUGCUUCAUGUUUAUUACCUUGUUUUUCUUUUGGGUAUUGCAUUGGCUUGCAAAGUAUUAUUACAAACCAAAAACCACCCUUUCUCACAAACUACCCCCGGGACCAAAGAAGCUACCUCUGAUAGGGAACCUGCAUCAACUAGCAAUGGCUGGUUCACUUCCACAUCGUACUCUCCGAGACCUUGCCCUUAAAUAUGGACCUCUCAUGCAUCUCCAACUUGGUGAAAUUUCUUCAGUGGUUGUAUCCUCCCCCAACAUGGCCAAGGAGAUAAUGAAAACCCAUGAUCUUGCUUUUGUGCAGAGGCCACAAUUUCUUCCUGCUCAAAUUUUGACCUAUGGUCAAAGUGAUAUUGCUUUUGCUCCAUAUGGCGAUUACUGGAGACAAAUGAAGAAAAUAUGUGUGUCGGAGCUUCUAAGUGCCAAGAGAGUUCAGUCUUUCUCUGAUAUUAGAGAAGACGAGACAGCCAAAUUUAUAGAAUCAGUUCGAACAUCAGAAGGUUCACCAGUCAAUCUUACCAAUAAAAUUUACUCCUUGGUAAGUUCUGCUAUUUCCAGGGUAGCAUUUGGUAACAAAUGUAAGGACCAAGAAGAGUUCGUGUCUUUGGUUAAAGAAUUGGUAGUAGUGGGGGCAGGAUUUGAACUUGACGAUUUGUUUCCUUCGAUGAAACUUCAUCUCAUAAAUGGAAGGAAGGCCAAAUUGGAGAAGAUGCAAGAGCAGGUUGACAAGAUCGUGGAUAACAUUCUCAAAGAGCAUCAAGAAAAGCGUGAAAGGGCACGACGAGAAGGCAGGGUUGACCUAGAGGAGGAGGAUCUUGUUGAUGUUCUUUUGAGAAUCCAACAAAGUGACAAUCUCGAGAUCAAAAUUACGACCACAAACAUCAAAGCUAUAAUAUUAGACGUAUUUACUGCUGGAACGGAUACUUCAGCAUCAACACUUGAAUGGGCUAUGGCAGAAAUGAUGAGAAACCCAAGAGUGAGGGAGAAAGCACAGGCUGAAGUAAGACAAGCAUUUAGGGAAUUGAAAAUAAUCAAUGAAACAGAUGUAGAGGAACUUAUAUACUUAAAGUUGGUGAUCAAAGAGACAUUAAGGUUACACACUCCUUCUCCUUUAUUGCUCCCUAGAGAAUGCUCUAAGCGAACCAUCAUUGAUGGAUAUGAAAUACCUGUCAAGACUAAAGUCAUGAUAAAUGCGUGGGCGAUUGCAAGAGAUCCCCAAUAUUGGACUGAUGCUGAGAGGUUUGUCCCAGAGAGGUUUGAUGGUAGCUCUAUCGAUUUCAAAGGAAAUAACUUUGAGUAUCUUCCUUUUGGAGCAGGAAGGAGAAUGUGCCCAGGAAUGACACUUGGUUUAGCCAACAUUAUGCUUCCACUCGCUCUAUUACUCUAUCACUUCAAUUGGGAACUCCCAAAUGAGAUGAAACCUGAGUAUAUGGAUAUGGUUGAAAACUUCGGAUUGACAGUUGGAAGGAAAAAUGAGUUGUGUUUGAUUCCCAUUGUUAAUGAUCUUUGACACUGCACGAUUGAUAUGGUUGGAGGAAUCAAGUUUCUUGGACUCCACUAACCUAUUUUUACAUUCAGCCUUCGAUUAUCCUUCACUACUAUUUCCUUUUUCUUAUACUUGGUUUGAAGAGAUUUUAGGAGCUAUUCUAGCACAAUGCAAAUAUAAUAUAAAUAUUUAUAUUAUAAAUAAAUUGUAGUUCCUGAUAAUAUAGUAAUGCAUUAAUAGU